AUGUUCGCUGAUAUUGUCUAUCAAAGUGGCGAUCAAUAUCUUCAAGAAUUCGAAGAUAUUCAAGCCGCACUUCUGGUAUUCAUUCCAUGUUUUAUUGGUUUGCUUAUGGCGAUAAUUGCACUUUAUGGGUGUCAUAAAAUUCCAGCGAUGAAGUCACCUUUUGGAUAUUUGACUAGAUAUGAAUUGUAUUUGAUAAUCAUUGCUUCGUCAAACAGUGGAGGAUUUUACCUGUUUGGUGUUCUGUUGUGAGUUUUUUUUUAUGUAAAGAAGAUACAAUAAAAAACUCGUAAUUUAAGCAAUAUCAAAUUCAUCCUCAACAAUUCACAAAUCGCUGGCUUAAUUUCAACAACACUAAUCCCAACAGUAAUCUCGUUAUACUUGCUCAUCUCUUUUAAUCGAUUUCUGGCAAUUGUUACCCCACUUUACUAUAGUAUCAUUUUCAAAUCAAAAUAUCGUCGGAUCUAUGUUUCAAUAUGCUAUUUUGUUCCACUGAUUUACACGCCAGUUUUUACGUGGUAUUGUGAGUUUGAAAUUGAGAUUCACAUCGGAAAUUCAGGAUUUUCCUAACUUUUCAGAUAACUGUGGUUAUAAAUUCUACCAUUAUGGUUGGGUAUUCUCAUUUAUCAUUUCGGACACUUGCGGUACAAAAUUUGAAGUAUUACUUCGCGGAGUUCAGAGUCUUUUUACUGCUGCCACAUUCUCUGUCAAUGUUUGCACAUUCAUUCUACUCGUUUUCUUUAGAGUGAGAAAUAAAUUUAGAACUAAACUAUGACGUGGAAUUUUCAGAAACGUGUUCUCAAAACCACAAGUGCAGAGGUGCGUAAACGCGAAAUGAAUUUCGGUCAACAAGUCAUCAUUCAAGGAUUCGUCUUCACAAUUUACGGAAUUUUCUACAGUUUCGCUUAUAGAUGGAUACCGGGAAAUCUCGCAGAGAAUUGGAAAAUCUUCUGGACAUCUACCUUUAUUGCGAAUUCACUUCACAUUUUCAACGCGUAG